GCGUACACUACCCCAUUGCAAGAAUGCUCCAGAGCGCAACAAGGGUCCUCAACAUUCUCGUGCUCCUGUGCAUGAUGCCACUGGCAUUGGCACAGUUCAACUUUUUCGAACAAAUGUUCGGGCAGGGUCCUCCUGGUGGACAACACCAGCAGCGGAGACCGUCGUCCCACUCUCAGUGGGCUGCCCAAGCUGACGCUGUACCUUGUACGCAGUACCUUUGCCCGGACACCCUUGUCUGUGUAUCCAAUCCGUCCGACUGUCCAUGCCCGAACGUAGAGGACAUCAAGUGCCUUCUCCCGGACGGAGAAGACAGGGCGGCCGCUACGGUGACAUGUGUACGCGGUGCACACGACUGUUCCGAAGUGGAACGCCUAUACAAACGAUUCUCCAAAUGAAGACAGCGCACAGAGAACGUCUCCUGCGUCUCUGCUACUAGUACGUAAAUCAUGUCGUCCUGAGACCAGACUAGAGACCCUGAGUGCCUCCGCAGAUAAGUCUCUUAGUCGGCCUUAUGUCAGAAAUGGUAUUGGCGUAGACGAAAUGCAAUUGUCUUCAUCUUCCCAUGUCUGCCGAACGGACCCACAGAAGGAUCAAACUAGUACCGCCAAGGCGAUACCGUCG